AUGAUAUGUUUAGUAAUAUUGUUGACACUCUUAACCGGACUAAUUGAUAGUAAUUUUGCCAAACAAUUGGAUUUAUCCGAAAAUUUGGUGAUUCAGUCAAACAAUGAAUUUUCAUUCAGAAUAUACAAUAUGUUAGCAAAAGAUGACAACAACGACAUUAUCUCUUCGUUUUCAAUAAUAUCGGCAUUAACUAUAUUAAUGAACGGAGCAAACGAUAAAACACUCGACAAUUUGAAGACAUUUCUUGGAUUUCAAAACAAAAAGACAAAUGAAUUAAUUAGUGAUCAAACUAUUAAUAAUGGAUUUUAUAUUAUUAAUGGAUUGUAUGAAAAUAAAAGCAUUUCAUAUAAAAACUAUUUACACAAAACACAUGAAGAAGAAGGAGAAGACAAUAGUUUUGAUAGAGAUUUGAAACACCAGUUAAAUGUCGCAAAUCUUGUCGUACGAAAUGAUAGUGAAGUACUUAAACAACAAUUUGUAGAUACAAUAGAACUGGCCUUUAGAGCACAGGUAGAUAGGGCUGACUUUGAGAACAAUGCAGUGGCAGAGACUAAAAAAAUUAAUCAAUGGAUACGCAAACAGACUAACAAUAAAAUAUAUAAAAUAUUUGACAAAAUCAAUGAAGAGACAACUCUUAUAAUAGUAAAUGCCGUCUAUUUUAAUGGUAAUUGGGAGGAAAAUUUUAAUAAGUACUCGACUAUUAAAUCUGACUUUUAUAAUAAUGGCAAUGAAAAUAGUAUUGUUUCGGUGAACACAAUGCUUCAUAUCGCUAAUUAUCGUUACUUUAGGUCACAUGAGUUAAGCGCACAACUCAUUGAAUUGCCGUAUAAGGGAAGGGAACUGUCAUUUGUUAUUGUAUUACCUAAAUAUAAAAACGGUUUGUCAACACUCAAGACUCGGAUAAAUGCCAUAAACUUUGACAAUGCAUUCAAAUCAAUGGUCAGCACUCGUAUAAAACUAUUUCUACCGAAGUUUAAGUCGGAAAAAGAGUACGAUUUGAUGAAAUCAAUAAAUCCAAAACCAAUAGCAUUGACCACUGGAGCAGAUUUUUCACGACUGUCCACAUCAAAUGAUCAAACUGUAGCACAAAUACGACAUAAAACCUAUAUAUCGGUCGACGAAAAGGGUACCGAAGCGGCGGCCGUAACGGCCGUUAGAUUACAAACAAGAAGAGCUAUAAUCCAUAAGUCACAGCCAAUUAUAUUCAGAGUCAACUAUCCGUUUCUCUACUAUAUUAUCGAUACAACUAAUGGCAUGAUUUUGUUUUCCGGACAAAUUAAUAGACUUUAA